AUGGCACCUCGAGCCAAAGCUGCCGCUGUCGCUAAGGCGCCCGCGACUAAGAAGGCAACAACCGCCGCCGCUGCUAAGAAGGACGCAAAGCCCACAAAAGCUGCCGCCAAGAAGGCUGAAGCUGCCACAAACGGCGCCUCCAAGAAGCGCACUCGCGACGAAGAGUCUGAGCCCGAGUCUGAGGAGGAGGAUGUCCCCAAGCCCAAGAAGACCAAGACCACAGAACGCGUCGUCAAGCCUGCUGUGAAGCCUUCAGCAAAGACCAAGACCGCCGCGAAACCUGCUGCCACAAAGGCUAAGACUACCACAAGAAGGGCCAAGACUGAGGAGCCUGACGAGGAGAAGCCUGCUGCCAAAAAGCCCGGUCGUCCUGCUACGAAGAAGGCUGAGCCCAAGAAGAAGUCCGACUUUCCCAACAUCGGAAAGAAGAUCAAUGAUGCACCCACCCAGAUUCUCGAUGUUUACGUUUUUGGCGAGGGUUCGUCCGGUGAGCUUGGCCUCGGCAGCAAGCGAAUCAACGGCAAGAAGCCCAUCGACGUCAAGCGUCCCCGACUCAAUGAUAACCUCUCCGCCGCCAAGGUCGGCGUUGUUCAGAUCUCAUGCGGUGGCAUGCACGCCAUCGUCUUGACACACGAUAACAAGAUCCUCACAUGGGGCGUCAACGAUCAGGGCGCUCUCGGCAGAGACAGCAACUGGGAGGGUGGCCUCCGCGACAUGGACAAGGAGGAGGAUUCUGACUCGGAGGAUGAGGAUGACUCUGGUGUCAACCCUAAGGAGAGCACACCACUUCCCGUCUCCGACGAGUUCUUCGCGCCUGACACCAAGUUCGUUCAGGUCGUUGCCAGCGACAGCGCCAGUUUCGCUCUUACUGAGGAUGGUCGAGUCUACGGCUGGGGAACUUUCCGAUCCAGUGAUGGUAUUCUCGGCUUCUCUGAGACCGUCAAGAUCCAGUCAACACCCGCCUUGAUCCGCGAUCUCAAGAACAUUAAGUCCCUCGCCGCCGGCUCCAACCACAUUCUCGCUCUCGACCACAAGGGUAACGUCGUCGCUUGGGGUUGCGGACAGCAGAACCAGCUCGGCCGACGAAUCAUCGAGCGCAACAAGAUGUCAUCUCUCAUUCCCCAGGGUGUCGGUCUGCCUCGAGGCAAGAUCGCCAAGGUUGCCUGCGGUUCUUACCACAGCUUCGCUAUUGACAAGGAGGGUCAGGUCUACGGCUGGGGUCUCAACAACUUCGGCGAGAUCGGUGUCGAGUCCAACGCCGGCGAGGACGAUGCUGUUAUCCUCCGCCCUGCCAAGCUUACUUACCUCGACGACUACACCAUCACCGAGAUUGACGGUGGUGAGCACCACUCUCUCGCUUGCUCUGACAAGGGCGAUCUUCUUACAUGGGGCCGUGUCGAUGGUUACCAGGUCGGUUUCGAGUUUGAUAAGCUGAGUGAGGAUAACGCCAUUUACGACGAGAGAGGCAAUGCUCGUAUCCUGUUCAAGCCCACUAUUCAGCCUGAUACCAAGAACAUUGUUGCUGUCGCCGCCGGCACUGACAACAACUUCGCCGUCGACUCCGAAGGCAAGGUCUUCUCCUGGGGCUUCUCCAGCAACUACCAGACCGGCCAAGGCACCAUCGACGACAUCCACACUCCCACCGUUAUUGAUAACACCGCCAUCCGCGGCAAGAAGAUCAUCGGAGCAGGCGCUGGUGGCCAAUACUCCGUCCUCUUCGGCGAGGCUGAGGAUACCCCCGCGACGAAUGGCGCCAAGACCAAUGGCGUUCACGAGAAGGCUUAA